AUCGGAGGAAACCAUUAACUAACUGUGUAUCACCAGUAGCAUCCACCCAACAACCAGCUUUUAAGGAUCUCUAACAAUUCACCCUGAUCUUACCCUCAUUUAGUAGUAGUUUCCAUCCCCUCUGCUCUCUCCAUCUGCUAAUGCUGAAAAGCCUCACCUGGCAUCUUCCACACAGUUUCAGCUCCUCCAGUCCUGGCAUCCAUUUCAUUUAUCCUCCCAAACUCGAAUUCAUCAAUACCUAUGUCAAACAUUACCACUAACAGCAUUCAACAAAAAGGAGUUACGAAACCUUGCCCAACACGUAUGAUGGUUUAUUAUUAAAAUCCUCCCUACUUUUUAGGCAAAAUAAUGUAGGGAAUCCUGCAAAAUAAUUGUUGUGAAUAUUGCGAACUCCCUAAAUCAAACGAAUCCCCCUACUUCAUCAUCUCCUUAAAUCCGCACCCUCUCAAUUUAGAAACCUUAAUGGCAUCUAUGAGGAAAUUACUAUGGUGGGUUCUUGUUCUUCUAAUGGAAUGUGCAAGCUUUCACCUCUGCAUCCAUGGGGAACCACAAGUGCCCUGCUAUUUCAUUUUUGGGGACUCCCUUGUUGAUAGUGGCAAUAACAAUAACCUACAGACUUUGGCCAAGGUUAAUUACCAUCCUUAUGGGAUGGACUUCCCGGCUGGACCCACCGGCAGGUUCUACAAUGGUCUAACUCCCGCUGACAUAAUUGCUGAACAUCUGGGAUUUGAGCACUACAUUCCACCCUUUGCCACUGCUUCCGGUGGAGAGAUACUCCAGGGCUUAAACUAUGCAUCUGGUUCAUCAGGAAUCCGGAAUGAAACUGGCAGAAACUGGGGUGCUAAUAUCAACUUAAAUAAGCAGAUAGAAAACCAUAGAAACAUCACCUCACACAUUGCUGGCAUGUUGGGGAGUAAGGAAUCAGCUUAUGAACUCCUGAACAAAUGCUUGUAUUCAGUUGUAACUGGAAGCAAUGACUAUAUGAGCAACUAUUUCAUGCCUCAGUUUUACGACACAAGCAGCAAGUAUUCUCCAGAACAGUACGCAGAUGUUCUUAUCGAGCAGUAUUCUCAACAAUUAAGGACCCUGUACCUUCUGGGGGCAAGAAAGGUGUCCAUACAGGGACUUUUGACAAUAGGCUGUACCCCAAAUGCAACGCACACCUAUGAAAGAAAAGGGACAAUAUGCGUAGACUCCAUGAAUAAUGCAGCUUAUAUUUUCAAUCAGAGACUGAAAUCACUCGUCAAUCAGCUCAAUCAUGAUUUAUCCGAUGCUAAAUUUGUCUUCGUGAACAUUUUCGAUAUACCAUUCACAAAUACUUAUGCACCAGGUCUCAACAUUGAAAUCUCCGGGUGCUGUGAAGUGGAUAUAAAUGGUCUGUGCAUUCAUAACAAAGGUGUAUGUCAGGACAGGAUUCUAUCAUCAUUCUGGGAUGGAUUCCAUCCUUCUGAAGCUGUUAACAAGAUCAUAGCAGCAGUAACAUACACGGUUGUUCUCCCACUUCUAUAUGAACCUCAAUAAAAAACUAAUCAAUUUCCUAUACCCCAUUUGCUUGAAAGAAUAAAAGGGUUAAGUUGUUUCUCUUCCUCUCUUUUUGCGGCAUUAACGUAUGUUUAACUACAUUACCCCCUAAUUCCACCCCUAGGUCCAACUUUAUUCACAGAAAGAUUUUCUUUCUUUCUUUCUUUCCUUUUUCUGGUUUAACAAUCACCUGGUAUUCUAGGUUAGCUUGGUGUAUCAAUGGAAAUUCUUCACAUAAAUUUGAUUGUCACUCCUUGAUAAUUCUAAAUUCUGUUGCUUCCCCCACCCCUACCCCUUAGUUCUGCCCCAGGGUUCACAGUAAGAUUUGCUGCAUCCACACAGAUCUAACUGUGCCUCAUUUCAAAAGUGGGUGAGUGCAGAAUCCAAUGUAGGAUCCGAGUUGAGGCAGCAUACCUUGUUGUAGAAAUACUAAAUGGUAAGCAGGCUCAUCCUUUACAAAGGUUAUCUAAGUUUCAGAGAAGGAUAUGUCUGCAUCCACAUUAAGAUACUUAUUGGUUGGGGGAAACAAACUCUCAACCAAAUU